CCCUGUUUUCUUGAGGUGGCAGACAUGCUCCAUUGAUCCAGAAGGGAGGUACUGAAGUGCUUUAAGUUGAAGGUGGAAGGGCCAGGAGCAGUGGCCAGCUGUGUCCCCAGCAGAGCCAGGAGCAGCUUCUCGAUGGCACUGGGCAACUGUCCUGGAGACAGAGGGCAAUGCUGAUGCUGGCCUGGCACCUCUGUGGUCCCACUGAACCGUUGCUCUGCCUGGAAGCAAGCAAGGAGGGUGUGGAAAAGAGCCGCCACUCCUGCCCACCACCACCAGCGCCCAACCCUGAACUUGCCUGAGGUGUGGCCCAGGAGGGGCCCAGGGCUUGGCCAAGGCCUUGGGUGAGCCCAGCAGUCCUUUGGAGCCUGUGUACACACAGGCUGGGCGCCCAGCAGCAGGAGUGGCUCGGACUCUGUCCCUGCAGUCGUGGAAGUUAGUAGAAGGCGCCAGGGAGGAGUCGCUUCCAGCCGCACAUCAAGUUCUGCCCAGUGCUCAGUCUGAUGCCCAUCAAGCCCUCUGACCACCUGGAAUGGAAUGAGCCUAUGCACUCCCUCCGGAUAAGUGUGGGGGGACUUCCUGUGCUGGCGUCCAUGACCAAGGCCGCAGACCCCCGCUUCCGUCCCCGCUGGAGGGUGAUCCUGACAUCUUUCGUGGGCGCAGCACUCUUCUGGCUGCUGUACUCCCACCGCCCAGCCCCGGGCAGGACUCUUGCUCACAAUGCACACAACUGGAGACUUGGCCAGAUGCCUGCUGCCCACUACAAUGACACCUACCCCCUCUCGGCCCCCCAGAGAACACCAGGUGGACUUCGGUACCGAAUUGCAGUCAUUGCUGACCUGGACACAGAGUCUAAGGCUCAGGAGGAAAACACCUGGUUCAGUUACCUGAAGAAGGGCUAUCUGACCCUGUCAGACAGUGGGGAUAAAGUGACCAUUGAGUGGGACAAAGACCAUGGGAUCCUAGAGUCCCACCUGGCAGAAAAGGGAAGGGGCAUGGAGCUCUCUGAUCUGGUCGUCUUUAAUGGGAAACUCUACUCUGUGGAUGACCGCACAGGGGUCAUCUACCAGAUCGAAGGCACGAAGGCUGUGCCCUGGGUGAUUCUGUCUGAUGGCGAUGGGACCGUGGAGAAAGGCUUCAAAGCCGAGUGGCUGGCUGUGAAGGACGAGCACCUGUACGUGGGCGGCUUGGGCAAGGAGUGGACCACCACCACCGGGGAGGUGAUGAAUGAGAACCCCGAGUGGGUGAAGGUGGUGGGCCACAGGGGCAGCGUGCACCACGAGAACUGGGUGUCCAGCUACAAUGCCCUGAGGGCCGCCGCUGGGAUCCGACCCCCAGGCUACCUCAUUCACGAAUCUGCCUGCUGGAGCGACACCCUGCAGCGCUGGUUCUUCCUGCCUCGCAGGGCCAGCCACGAGCGCUACAGUGAGAAGGAAGAUGAGCACAAGGGCACCAACCUCCUCCUGAGCGCGGCCCAGGACUUCGGGGACAUCUCCGUCCGCCGUGUUGGAGAGCUGAUCCCCACACACGGCUUCUCAUCCUUCAAGUUCAUCCCCAACACUGACGACCAGAUAAUCGUGGCCCUCAAGUCUGAAGAGGAUACUGGCAUCGUCGCCACCUACAUCAUGGCCUUCACGCUUGAUGGGCGCGUCCUCCUCCCAGAAACCAAGAUAGGAAGUGUGAAGUAUGAAGGAAUAGAGUUCAUAUAGAUUAAAAUGCUCCCAACGCCAGCAAGGCUGAGCCGGGCCUCUGGUUCUGUAAAGCCCAGGGGACUCACUUCUGUUGUCUUCUCUUUGUAACCAUGAAGUGUGUGUCUGGUUUCGUCCCCAGAGCAGGGAGUUCAGUUCCUGGCAUGGAGCAGCCUGAAGUUGUGAGUGGCAGGGAGGCCCCCCAGCCCUGGCCAGCUCCCAGCUCUGUGCUGCCGGGCGGCUGCAGAGGCGACUGCUGCAGGCAUCUUGAUCUGGGCCACCGACUGCCCGCCAGGUUCUGCCCCCUCUGGCCCACCUGGCCUCCCGGCUUGCCUUUCCCUGUGCUCUCUGUGUAGUCAGUGCUUCAGGAGCACCGAGGGCACUGAAGCAGGUGCCCUGUCUUAGAAUCCACAGGGAGUGGAGGCAGGCCUGCCGUGAGGAGCUCCCAGCUACCCCCAUCCUCCUCUCAAACCCGGGCAUCCAUUCCAUGCGCCCCCAGACCCUUGGAAAGUAAAUGUUUACACUGCAGGAUGCAUGGAGCAUGGUGGCCUCUGGGGACACCUGCCCACUGCUGACUGGCACCCUGCAAGGUUGCUCCCAGCCACCCCACAGCCAAGGACCCUGCUUCCGCCCUUUGGGAAUGUUCUAGGGCUGUGUAGCACUGUGAGGUUUUAAUUAUUAACUUAUUUUUACUAAAGUAGUUUCCUCUCUCAUCAAAUGGAAUCACCAAAUCUCACCCCACAGAGCAGUCACAGUGAAUAAAUUUGCCACCAGCGGCAGGAAGUUGUCACUAAGCAGCCACAGGUAGCAAAGCCAGUUUACAGUGGUGUCUGAGUGCUUGGCUCGCGGCCAUUCCCUGGCAGCUUUCAGAAGGCGCCUUGCCCUUCAGGACUCUCACGGAUGACUUGAAUGUCUUGUUCCCUGACCCUUGACCAGGGCGGCUUUGUUCUGGAGGUUGUCCUGCCACCUCCUGGGUUUCUCUCCAUGGCCUUUCUCCUUCCUGUGGGAGUUUUGCAGCCUCCUCUCUGUGGAAGCUUCGCACAGACUUGGCUCCUUGUUGGUCCCUGUUGUCUCUUCCCAGUGCUGGGGAGGUGGGGGUGGUUGGGGACAGAGGUGAGGCAGGACUAAGCCAAGAAGGGAUGAGUCCAUUCAUCAUGGCAUCCCUGUCUGGCUGCCUCACCCUGCGACAGAAGCUCGGCAGUGGUGGGAGGGACUCUUGGCUGCACCUGGCCCUGUGCUGACCCUUGCAGACCUCUUCUCCUUGGAACUGGGACAGUCCCCUGCCGGGCUCUGGUGAGACGUCCUGCACAGCUUGGUCCUCCUGCUGUAGGAGAAGCAGCAGAGCAAAGACACUCGACUGAACAUGAUGGUUCUCCAAGCCGGGCUUCCUCGGGCGCAGCCACGACCCCGCUCUCCUGCCUUUGCCUGGUGGGCUUCUGAGCCGCCACCCCCUGAGCGUCGAUGCCAUCAGAGCUGUUCUUUAAAACAAAAUCAAGACCUCCAGAGGCCGGGCAGUCGCUGGCUUGAGGCACUCUUGAUGUGUUGGGGCUCCUGAGCCACAGGCCAGGUGUGCAACUGAGUGACUUCCAGAGACCUGGAAGCCAGCCUUCCCUGUCCCCGUGUUCGCUGCUGUCGGCAUGAUGAUUGUCUCCUUCCCUUUGUCCAUUUGUUUCAUAAACAAUAAAGCGCAGGGGAACGUGA